AUGCGUGCGGACCGGCCGUCUCCCGCAGGCGUGCACUGUGCUCGACCCGCUCACUGGACGGAGGAUGCAGAUCCGCAGGGGCCGCUUCAGGCGAUCCAUGCGCACGGCCGAUGGCGACGGUCGCGGGUUUGGGCCUGUUUCUUCGGUUUGGCGGGCGGCGGGCGGCGGAAACAUGUUUCUCGCGCGCGUUUUGGCAGCUGCUGGACCGCAAUUGCGCUUGCAACAACGGCAUCUGCAGUGUCCAACGCGAAGAUCUGGUCGCAGUGCCUCGAGAUCCGCGUGGCCUUUUCGAACAACGUGUGUGCCGCACCCUUCCUCCACCGCCGCGCCGGCCCUUUCGACCGCGAAUUCGCGCCUGAGCCCAACAGAGACCAGCUGCCGGGGCAGAUCUGUGGCCUCGUCGGUGGCUACGUCCUCACAGUACUUAUUUGGGGGAUCCUCCUCCUCACUGUCGGCCGCAGAAUGCGUCGAAAGACUGAGAACUCCCCAAGGACCUUGGAGCUUGAGCUUGUCACGAAGCAGCGCCCGAGUCUGAAGAGUCCUACAAGCCCCGGGAGCGCGAAGAGCUGGAUGAAGAAGACUUUUAAGAGGGACAAGCCGACCGAUUCGGCGAUUGGAAGUCCGCAGAGCCCUACUGUCCAGUCGCCGAGUAGCUUUGAUCACAAGGUUCUGGAGGCGGAUAAGGAAAGAGCGCAGGCGGAAAUGGAACGACUCUAUGCUGCUGUCAUGGACCACGAUAGGAAGAAGAGCUACUCGCAGGUCAGCACUGAGGAGGCGGAAUUGACUGAGCGCCGCCCAUCCGCUAUCAACACCUCCCGCGAUCGCGCCUCAUCCAACCCCGGUUCCCCCGUCAAAGCGAUCUAUCCUCCCGGCUACCAGCACAACGGCCCGCCGACCGCUCCUCUACCCCGCGAGCGACCCUCCAGCCCACGCAGCAUCCUCUCCAAGAAGUCGCACCACUCCAACACCUCUUCGAGCAGCAAGACACGGUUCAAUCUUAAGAACCUCCGCAUCAGCGGCCCCAUCCAGAAAUACCCCGGUGAAAAUCCCCACGACGAGGCGCGCACACCGCUCUCCCCACGCUUCUACAACCCUGGUGCGCCGCCUUCGCCUCCUACCCAACAGCACUCUCCGACAACCCCACGCGACGGCGACGAAGAUUACGAGAGACUCGACGAAGUGCAGCCCCUGCCUCGUCCGGCGCCCCAGCGAGCUGGCUCGUCCACCCACUCUCCCACAUCAGCCUCCCACCCUCAACCCACCAAGUCAGCCACCUCGUCCGCCUCCUCGCUGCCUUUGCGUGGCUUCCAAGAACCGCUCAAGUCCCCCGAUCUACGCACGACAGUGCUCGACAGGCGCGUCGAUAAGCUGAGCAUGACGACGCCCAAGACCGGUGUCCCAUACACACCAUACAGCCCCUACAUGCCGUUCACUCCCGUCACGCCCGUGACUCCGCAUCUAGUGACAAAGAAGGAGCGCAAGAUGAUGAACAAGAUGGGCGGCCGGAAGAGGCAGGGCGGUGACGAUAUAGUGCAAUCUCCGAAGGAGAUCUUUGGGGAUGCAUGGUAG